GGGAGUGGAGGGUGCAGAGAGUGUCAGGAAGAGCGAGGGUGUAGCAGGGAAAAUACUGGUCUGUGCUGCGUGUGGGAAGUGACUUUAGUGGCAGCGUGAAGGCGAGGACACGAGUGAGGUGCUGGCAGGCUGACUGAGAACGUCAUUGUACGACAGAGUAGCCAGCUAAACAGCCGAGCCCUCAGCGUGCGCCUCCCGCCGGACAAGGGACCAACACUACCUCAUUGAGAUCCACAACGAAGGCUCCUCCUACUCACUCCAAGCUUCUGAAAACCGCUUCGACACCCUUCCUUCGCUCAUCACCUAUUAUUCUCAGUGCUGCGAAGAGUUGCUGGCUCAGCUCAAGCUUCCUCGCACCAUCCAGGAGGCCAAGACCCGCCAUGAACUCGGCUCUCUCUCGCUGCUCGGACAAGGUGGUGCAUCACAGCGUCAGACUCACAGAGGAUGUGUAGCCGAGGCAAUGACACGUGGACGGCGCUGAUGGCGGCCAGAACCUCUUGGGCGUCUUGGUCACACACGGCCAGGCUGAGCACCCCCAGGUCCCGCCACUCCUGCAGCAGCUGUGUGCCGGCACCACUUAAGUGACCCAUGAACCUCUCAAGGAAGAUGAGCUUCGCGCGACGGACGCAAACUUUCGGAGCGGCGGCCAUGGUGGAGGGCUUGGGACACAGUUCUUCUCGCCAGCAGCCUGCAAAGAAAUUUCCCAAAAACAGUUGGCCAAAAUAAUAAUGGCAGAAGUAAGACUAAGCUUUGAAGAAAGAACAUGUCAUAAAGUGUUACUGGAGGCACGAAAAUGUCAAAGAAGUGCAAAGACAAUUCACAAGACACUUUGACAGGGAUCCACCAAGGUGACGCGCCAUUGUUCGCAUCACAGCUAAAUUUGCAUCAACAACCACCACCACCACCACCAGCAUGGCAGUAGUAGCAGGAGUAGUGAAUGGUCACACGUUUGUGGUGACUUCUUGGACUAUCAGGCUGCCCUUGUAGUGUGUUGGACUAUCGGUGAACAAGGAGACCUGAAAGUUACGUGGUACAACUAUUUCGGUGAUAGAAGUGGCUGAGUUGCCGAUCCAAAGGCCUGGCUUAAGAGUGAUCCCGAGCUACCUGUACCAUCAAGAUCAAGAUCGAGCUUCCAUAUCAGAUGGUGAGUCUGCUUACAAAAUUGCAUCGCGGGGAUUGAUAGAGACAGCCACAAUUAUCCAUCAUCAUCGGCGACACCAUGGCUCUUGAGAAGACAGACCUCGAUGACAGCGUGGUGAGCGAGGAGUGGGAGUCAACCAGCAGAGUAGGGGAGCAUGACCCCUACUUUGAACCAGUGGUGACCUUGCUGGAGGUCUUCGUGGUUAGUGAUGAUGACCAGGAGGAGGAAAUGAUAAGACUGAGUUUCGAGGUCAGGCAGUACAAGCUGUUUCUUUAUCACACUUCUGAGUCGCCCCCACAGUGGAAGGAACGGGGCAUGGAGGCCAUUAACAUUCUGAGGAACAAGCAGAAGAAGGCUGUGGAGUUUGUUCAGCGGCAGAAUUAAUGCCAGUGGCUGAGUUCAGAUCCUCCAAGACACACGGACACACAUACAGCAGCCCCUCCACCUCCCCACAGCCCUCCACAGCCCCUGACACAGCAUCUAACACAGCCCUUCACAGAACACCACAUACCUCACACAUACAUAAGAACAUAAGAAAUAAGGGAAGCUGCAAGAAGCGACCAGGCUUACACGUGGCAGUCCCUGUAUGAAAUAUACCUACCUAUUUCCAUCUGUUAUCCCCAUCCAUAAACUUGUCUAAUCUUCUCUUAAAGCUCUCUAGUGUCCUAGCACUAACAACAUGAUUACUGAGUCUGUUCCACUCAUCUACCACUCUUUUUGAGAACAAAUUUUUUCCCAUCUCCAUCCUAAACCCAAAUUUUUCAAGCUUGUACCCAUUAUUUCUUGUUCUACCCUGGUUGCUGAUCCUAAGAAUUUUGUCUACAUCCCCCUUGUUAUAACCCUUAUACCACUCAAAGACUUCUAUCAGGUCCCCUCUUAACCUACGUAUCUCUUAAGAAUGUAAAUUUAACAGCUUCAACCUCGCCUCGUAAGGAAUACUCCUCAUCCCCUGUAUCCUUUUAGUCAUUCUCCUCUGUACUGAUUCUAAUAGACCUAUAUCUUUCCUGUAAUGUGGGGACCAGAACUGCACAGCGUAGUCUAGAUGAGGUCUGACCAGCGCCAAGUAUAACUUUAAUACUACUUCCGGCCUUCUACUUUUAACACUCCUAAAAAUCACACACACCACAGGAGCCUCACAAACAGUCUCACAGCCUUCACAAGCAGCCCCACACUCCACCACAGACACACCAGACCCACAGCCCUUCACCUCACCCACUUCCCAGCCCCCCACAGCCCCCCAGCCACCACAAAUGAAGUGAAAGGAAGGGACUGUGGCUUCACCCAGCCAGCCAGGACAGCCUACAGAGAGGGGGUAGUCCCAGUCAAGUCACAAAAUAUAGGCUUGGUUCUUCCUACAGUUUGAAGUCAAUGAUUGGACAGGCCAGACAGCUUAGUGCCAGAGCUGCAGGUGGCCCUCGUCAGCUUCCUGGUGGUACAGGUGUAGGAUGGCUGGGAGCAGUGGAGGUGCCUGGUGGAGCAGCUGUGCCGGGCAGAGGGGCUGCUGCUGCUGCUGCUGCUGCUGCUGCUGCUGGAGAGAGCCACACUUGUAUGGUGGUAACACAGAGAGGAAGUGGAAGGAAGCUUGGGACGCUCCCAUAACUCAGGAGCAAGAAAUACACCUUACUGGAAACCUUGGGACUGACAGGUGGCGGUGACUGCAGGAACCAAUUCAGAUGUCUGUCUUGUGUUGGUGAACGUCCUGUCUGCAGUCAGGCCAGUAGUGCCAUGUCACAGGGUGUGACAUCAGGUGAAGAGCCAAAUGGAGAGUGUCUGCAGCCAGUACUGGGUGUGCUGAUGGUGUACAAGUGUCGAGCCAGGUGCCACAGCACAUGUCAGCUGACUCCACCAGGGUAGUGUCUCUAGUCCAGGAUGCACUGCUGUGUACGACUUGUAUGUCUUUGCUAAUAAAUAAAUAUUUGUGACUAUUCUUAUUAUAUAUAUGUGAAAUAAAUAUAUAGUUAGCUAACAGUGUGGUAUAAUAGUGUAAAAAUAAAUAUUUGAUAAUUCAUGCAUGCCCCAAAGGUAAAAAAAAAACAGGAUUGUGCCCUCUAAACUUUUAAGAUACCACUUGCACAUAGAAGCCCCGUCGCAGCGACUCCAGUGUCGGCUGGGAUGGGGCUUCUAUUUGCAAAUGGUAUCUUAAACUUAGUUUAGUAGCCAAUCCUGACUUUUUUUUUUUUUUUACCUUGGGGGCAUGACCUGUACUCCCAGAAAGACUUUGCCAAAGAUAUUAUUGACAUGGCAUAAAUAACUAUCAUUGUUUUUUUUUACCUUGGGGGCAUGACCUGUACUCCCAGAAAGACUAUUUGCCAAAGAUAUUAUUGACAUGGCAUAAAUAACUAUCAUUAUGUUCAAGAUGGUAUACUGAAUGUUUAUUGUUUUAAUGUGAAUGUUAAGUGAAUAAAUACACAACAAUAAUAUAAA